GAGGCGUGCUUCGGCUACAACAAGAGCAGCAGCAGCGACAAGCUGCAGAAGUAUGCCAGCCCAUGGAGGGAGUUGAUGACCUUCCCACAUUCCCAGAUGCAGAGAGGCCUCGAGCUGAUCCGCUUCGCGCAGGCGCUGGAAGCCAGGCUCACAUCCAUCUUCGCCGAGCAGAUGCAGCUGGCCACAUCGCGAGUCCAGGCCGAGACCACCUCUAUUUUGCAGUCGGCCACGUCCACUUUUCACAACGAAGUUCAGGCAAUUCUCGGUCGAGUUCGCCAGCAGGACACGCGGCUGGACACUUUGGAUUACACUGUCAGGGACAUCAAUCAGAGGGCCCAUGUCGUCGAGACAAAGCAGCAGCAGCUGCGCGCCGAUACCGAGCGCAUCCAGGCCAGUUUUGCCAUGGCAGAAACGACGUUCCCACCGCUCGACUUGGCGGCGUUGGCAGUUUGGGACCGCCCACCAGAUUCUCGCUUCUAUUCCUUCGGAGCAGCGACAGCAGUUCAGUCAUCCGAAGUCUACAGGGCACUCGAGCCAUGGAUCAAGUGGAGCUCGAGUGGCCAUUUCGGAUGUGGAGCGGGUGGGAAAUGGAGACAUUUCUUCUGCAUCGACACCCCUGGCGCCGUCACUCCGCUUUAUGCCAAUGCGGAAAGGAGCCGCAAGACGCUGCGGCGCGAAGUCCAGACUAAGAAGCUCGCCCAUCUAUUCGGAGAGCGGCAUGAGGGGCACUUCCUCAGGAAAGUGGGCAGCGACGGGAUCGUUUCGUGCAACGCCGCCCCCAUCGUCAGUGUGGAGGUUGGGAACAACGCCUUUGCCGCCACCCAACUCAGAUGGGACAGUGCCGCCAUCGUCAAGCAUGGGAUUGGCAAACAAAGCACCAAG